GCAGACCCAGCCAUACAGCAAGCGGUCCCACACGUAGGACUGCUUAGCUUCCCACCAAACGCCACGACAACAAAAAUUCCACAUCCCAUGAAAAAGCAGAAGCAGAAGUUUAAUAUCUUCUUCCAUUAAGCAAAAACCACCCGCUGAAAGCCGAAGACUUUGAUUAAACCCCAAGUCAAUGUCCGUACUGUUUCUCCUGUGUUUCUAAUCCUAUACAAAUCCACCCAGAUUCCGAUUCUCCUUCAUGAAAGAUAGAUGGCUGCCAAUAGAAACCGCUUCACCAGAGCAGCAGCAGGUGACCUGUCGAUGCCAGUGGGAUUCCGGUUCCGCCCUACAGAAGAAGAGCUGAUCGACCAUUACUUGCUGAUGAAGCUCGAGGGUAAGGAUUACCUUGUCAGCGACGUCAUCCGUGAAAUCAAUAUCUGCAACCACGAGCCAAGGGACUUGCCUGGGUUUUCACUCUUAAAGUCGGAUGAUCAAGAAUGGUACUUCUUCAGCACUUACAAAAAAAACAGCAGAAACCAGACCGAAAGGGCAACGAAGGAAGGCUUCUGGAAGAUCACUGGUGCCCAAAAACCGGUCAAGACUCAAGACAAUAGAACUAUCAUCGGUAAAAAAAGGAUUCUAACUUUUUACCGAGGUACUGUUCGUAAUUCCCAAAGGACCAACUGGGGUAUGCAUGAGUAUUACAUCCCCCAAACCAAUCCUAAUGCUAAUCAGAGGGAUUUCGUUCUCUGUUGCGUAAAGAAGAAAUUGGGUGAGAAUGUGGAUGCUGCAAACUGGGAUGUUGAAUCUAUUACUUACAACAAUGAAUCUGAUUUCGAAAAUCAACUGCUACGAGCACUUGGUAUGGAUAUUGAAGAGGAGCAUACUCAGCAACAACAAAGCAUGGACUAUUUUGAGAGGGAAGAGGGUCGUAUGCUUGCAAGUGCCCCUGGUAAUAAUGAUUACCAUGGGUUGCAAUCUGCAUUUGGAGCUGAUGAACCGGAUGAUAAGUUCGCAGAGUUCUUAAAUUCAAUUAUUGUUGAUGGGGAUCAGGAUGAAACAACUCAUGCUAACAUCUUCAAUGACUCCACUCAUCCUGAUACAACUCAUGCUAACAUCUUCAACGUCUCCACACAUCCUGAUACAACUCAUGCUAACAUCUUCAACGACUCCACUCUGCCACAGUCAAUUAUGAGCGUGUAUUUUGAGGAUGAAGCAUUAAGCAGUGACGCAGACACAGAAGUACUCCUUGCACAGGAAAUGAGUUUACAAAUGCUUAGUGAGCCACCAGUUGAUUCGAGCCACUCCAGAAGACAGGAAGGUGUCAUGCUUUACCAGACACAGGCUGCUUCCUCUGUCAAUGUAGUACCUAAACCUCAGACUGAUCAUCUUCAAGUAGUCACUGAUGAACAUUCUGUUACACAUCGUGGUCAAUUAGUUAAUGACGAGCAUUCUGGUACACAUCAAAGAACAAGCAGGCCGCAACGUGAAUCAAGACACAAUAAUGCCUUAAACGUAAAGAAUGCUUCCUCUGUGGAUGUAGAUGCAGAAUUACGUCAGCUUAAAUGUAUUCGAUUAGCCCCUGACGAAUACUAUAACAAUGAAAGAACACGUGGAAGAACAUAUCCAACUAGUGCCCUCGAAGCACUAAGCAAACAGAAAGAAUUAAAACAGCAGCAAAGCAAGGCAAAAGAAGCUGCAGAGCUUCGAGCUGCUGUUGAUUUUCCUCCGAAGUUGACAUCUAUAACAAAGUCUAACAAAGAAGCAGAGGUGGCUCAAGGUAAUAAUGCAGAAAAGGGUGUGAAGCAGACACAGAACACAACAACCACUUGCAAUUGGAAGGGCUGUUCUUUCAUUUCAUGGGAGACAUCCCCCCCAUUAACAAGUCCCCCAUCAGAAUACUUUUUCAACAUGGUUCUAGGCAUAAUAAUGUUCUGCUUUUUUGCUUGGCUAGUAGUUUUAUACGGGCAGUGGUGCUAGAGGGGCUCAUUCACCAGAAAAAUGGUUAGUUUUUGUUGUCUGUCACACGAUGAGUAAUGCCAUACUUACUGGUUACUUAUUGCUGCUCUAAAAUGUGGGAGUACCAGCCACGGUUUGCAGUGAUGAAGUGUUUAUAUUUGGUAUAGCCUAUAGAGUUUGACUUUUUUCUGUUUCUACGGACCAGAUGUAAUGAUGGAUGGCUAGUCCACAUAAUAUAUUGUUUUUUGCUUAAU